AUGGGAUUGACUUCAAAGUUAGAUAAGUUGAAAUUGAAAAGCUCUGGCGGUGAUGCCACUCAUGUCGAUCAGAAUACCCAAGUUUCGGAAAACGAGAAUUCUGACGACAUUGAUGAGGUAGAUAACGAAGGUCAGAGCAUUUUGAUGGGUAUUAUUGCUCAAUUGAGACCAGGUAUGGACUUGACUAAAAUCACUCUCCCAACUUUCAUUUUGGAGAAGAAAUCUAUGUUAGAGAGAAUCACAAAUUUUUUCCAGAUCCCAGAUUUAUUACUCGAAGCUAACCACACCAAGGAACCAGUAGCAAGAUUUGUGAAUGUUUUGAAGUGGUAUCUUGCUUCAUGGCAUAUUGCUCCAAAAGCUGUCAAGAAACCCCUUAAUCCUGUACUUGGGGAGACCUUUACUUGCUAUUGGAAGGAUUUACCUUAUAAUUCCGGUGACGCAUACUACUUGUCGGAGCAAACUUCUCACCACCCUCCGAAAUCGUCUUAUUUUUAUUUGAUCCCGAAAGAGAAAAUCAGGGCUGAUGGAACAUUGAUCCCUAAAUCAAAGUUUUUAGGUAACUCCUCAGCAGCUUUGAUGGAAGGACUAGCUCAGCUUACGCUUGGAAAUUGGAAUGACGAGCAGUAUGUGUUAAACCAACCUAAUGUGUACGUUCGGGGAAUUCUCUUUGGUAAGAUGAAAACUGAAUUAGGUGACCACAUGAUUGUGAAAUGCGAGGCUUUGGGACUUGAGGCUGAUAUUGAAUUUAAAACCAAAGGUUUCAUUAGUGGAACAUAUGAUGCGAUUGAGGGUUUCAUCAGGGAAAUCGAUACUUCAAAGGAAUUGUUUCAAUUAACCGGUAAAUGGAAUGAUAUCAUAGAUAUCAAAGACUUAAGUACAGGGAAAAAGCUGGUGCUCGUCGAUACACACAAAACCGUUCAAGUCAAACCUAAAGUCAGACCUUUAGAGGAGCAAUCCGAAUAUGAAUCUAGAAAGUUGUGGAAACCAACUAUCGACGCUCUUGCUCAGAGAGAUCAUACUACUGCUACUGAAGAGAAGUUUAAGGUAGAAAAUGAACAGCGUGAAAAAGCGAAAAAGCGUUUAGAGGACGAUGUGGAAUUUCAUCCUAGGUACUUUCGGCCAGUGGAUGCUCAAGAUCAUUCCUCUAGGGACUUAGGGCUUAUCUUUAACAAGCAUAUAAGCCUUGAUGAAUCACCUGAGGAGUUGACUAAGGAUGUGUUGGAUGCCGCACCAUUCCUACCAGGUCAGAAACACGAUGAAAAAUUUGAUAUUCCACCGUUCAAGGAACAUACUACCAUAACUGGAUCAGAAUGA